AUGUCUGACAAGCGCACCAUCUUGAUAACAGGUUGCUCAGAUGGCAGUCUAGGUUCCGCUCUGGCACUUGCGAUGAAAGACCGUGGAUGGCGUGUCUUCCCUUCUGGACGUAACCUAGCGAAGCUGGGCAAGGUCAAGGAAGCCGGUCUCGAAUGCAUCGAAAUGGAUGUUGGCUCGGAUAAAUCCGUCUCAGCAGCCGUUGAGGAAGUCAAAAAAAUCACUGGCGGCUCACUAGACGCCUUGCUCAACAAUGCUGGCACCGGCUACAGUAUGCCACUUAUCCACGCUGACAUCACCAAAAGCCACGAUCUUUUUGAACUCAAUGUCUUCUCUAUCAUCAGGGUCACCCAAGCCUUUGUACCCCUGCUUCUCAAGUCUACCCACGGCGCUUUACUUAUCAACAACACCUCUGCGUCUGGUCUUCUCGGAGCUGGCAUUCCAUUCCAAGGAACUUAUGCAGCAUCCAAGGCCGCUGCAGCCAGUGUGACUGAGAGUUUGAGAGUUGAACUCGCCCCUUUCGGCAUUCGCACCAUCAACUUGUUCACUGGCGGCGUCAAGUCUACGUUUCACCAUAAUUCGCCGGAUGCUGAGCUUCCCAAGGACUCGAUAUAUAACGUCGCCAAGGAGGCCAUCGAAUCUAGCAUGAAUGGCAACGAAGUAGGGAUGAACAAACCUGAUGCAAUGACCUGGGCGAAACAAGUCGCUGGAGAUUUAAGUCAACGCAAACCACCUUACCUGAUAUUUCGAGGCGGUAGUGCUGGUUUGGCUCGCCUAGGCACUCUGUUUCCGACUGGCACCUUCGACUCGACUGUCAAACAGCUUGGUGGCAUAGACGUGUUGGAGAGAAAGCUGAAAGAGGCAAAGUCGACCUGA